AUGCAUUGCUUUAAACAAAUACAAAACAUGCCAUUACUUUCUUCUUUAUUUCGUAACAUUAUGUCAUCGACAUUUUCCUGUGUUUCAUGCCAAAAUAAACGAAGCAAAAACUAUCGCCAUGGUUUAGAAUCUAAUCAUAAUUCGCCAAGAAAAAAGAUGCAGAGUGAAAAGAUUGGUAGUACAUUGAUGUUCGAACCAAUGGUAGAACGAAAAAUUCCAUUGUUGGAUACUAAUUCAUUAGAUAGUGAGACUAUUCCAAUUGGUUCGUCUCAUUGUAGUAUUAACACAAUAUCCGUAUCAGCUGAACAACUCAAGAUUGAUUCAAUAUCUGAUACGAAUUCUCUUAAUCUUCAAUCGACAUUGUCUAGAAUACAACCACAUGAUGAAGGGCAUGUUGACGACGAUGAAAUUGAGAAAUUAUUAACAUCCGAUUUCUUUCGAACUAUUUGCAAAAACGGCAAUUUAAUAGUAAACAAACAUCUUUCUAAUUCAUCUAAUCAGUUAACAAUUAGUAAACAAAUUGAGAAACAAGAAUAUGAAGAACACCGGCAAUUACACGGUUCAAAACCAAAUAUCUAUGAAUAUGAAAUAAGGCAACUGGUACCAAAAUCACAUCCUGGUGGAUCACAAGCAUCAAUAAUAUCAGAUGUCAGCGAGAAAAGUUUUUAUUGA